CGGUGGUUAGUAUGAUGAGAAGAACAAGCAUUAAUCAAAUUGACAGCAAAGGCAAAGUGGACAGACAGAUUUGAGCAAAGUUGGAUCAAAGUUGCAAAAAUGUAUGCCAUAACUCGUUCGCUUAUUCGUUCGUCUGCCUUGCGUCAAGGCAUUCAAAAGAUGCAGGUUGCUGUUCCGGCUCGUCAAGUCACUUUGAAAGUGGUAUCUGCAAGUGAAGCGAUUCAGACGGAAACAUUUGACGAGAAAAAUCAACGUCUUGGACGUGAAUUAUCUCCACAUUUGACCAUCUAUAAGCCACAGUUGACAUCAAUGUUGUCCAUUACACAUCGCGGCACAGGCUUUGCGUUGACCGGCUAUGCUUGGGCCUUGGGUUUGGGUGCAUUGAUGUCUUCGCAUGAUAUUUCGCACUACGUUACUAUUAUUGAGGGUCUGCAUUUAGGUUCUGCGACUUUGGUUGCACUUAAGUUUGCCUUGGCCUUUCCAUUGGCUUUUCACAGUUGCUGCGGCGUUCGCCAUUUAUUAUGGGAUACUGGCCGUUUUCUUAAAAUCACUGAGGUCUACUUGACAGGUUAUGUAACCCUUGGUAUUAGCUUCGUACUGUCAGCUAUCUUGGCAUGUUUGUAAACACAUACCUAAGGUAUAAUUUAUACGAUUUUUUAUUCGAUUUUACCUUACGGCGCCGAGAGUUUACUUAAAAUAAUAAUGAAUUAUUGAGAAAUUAAAGUGAUCCUAUAAUAAAUAAACGAUAAUGAAAGGUGGCAUUUUUUAUAAUUAAAAUGCAACUGAACCAAA